GCUAAAAAAGCCUAACGGAAUCCAGACGCCAGUGCAAUUGUGCGCGCCAGGCUGCGACGGCGGUGGUGUCGCUGAGAGCUGUAGCUCAGCUGGUGAAGUCUUCCCCUCAGGAAGCUCGCUAAUCUGUCGCCUCCGCCGCCGCCCACGCGGCGGUAGCGGCAGGCGGCCUUGCUGGUGCCUCCCUCCUCUGCCACCUCCACCCCUGCCUGCUCACUUGCCGGUGCCGUGGAGAAGGCGGCGGCAGCUUUGGCGGCUCCACUAUGGCGGCGGCGGGGAGGGGGGACAGUAGUUUUAAAGUAGACACCUGCCCUUGCCUCAGAGAAGAUGCCACCUGUGAUGGACAAAAUAGAUCUGCAUAUUUUGCAGGUGAUUUUUGUCAAGCAUGUGGAGUGGCACUGCAUCUUGAAUCAGAAAAAAUUUCACAUUAUGAGAGUGAAAUACAUGCUCAAAAUGUUAAGUUCUGUUUUCAAGUGCGUGUGGAACAAAACGAAGUGCCUGGUCGGAAAGUGAACAUGCAUGUUAGGAAUUCUCAGGUGUACAAAAGUGGAGAUGUCAACAGAAACAAAUUUAGUGGUUUUUGCAGCAUGAGUUUUGACUCCUCAGCUGUUGCUCAAUCUCACUAUGUGGGAAAGAGCCAUACACAAAAUCAGAAGCUGUUAUUAUUGGAAGAACAGGAACGAGUAUCUCAAUCAGGAUGUCAACCAAAGAUGGAUAAACCCAAUCCUACUCCAGCAGCACCAACCUUCCUGAAGUCUGUUAUUGUGAAGCCUCCUCCAGCAUAUAGAAUGAGAAACUAUGUAUGCCAUAUCUGCAGAAUCACCUUUACAUCUUUACGUAUGUUCCGGUUCCAUAUGCAAGGAAGUGAACAUCAAAUUAAAGAAUUGCAUGUUAUCAGUCAAGUGAAGAAUUCAAAGAAGAUACAAGAAUCUUACCAAAGUGAAUGUGUAGAUUAUGUCAAAGUGAAGAAAUCUAGAGAAUUGCAGUUCAAGGCUCAUUUCAGGAAGAUGGAGAAUAAUUACAUAGAAGCCCGUGGGUACAGAGAAAUGGUUUAUUCCAGAUCCAGACAUAAAAUGCUUGAACAAAAACUUCCACCUGAAAAUCUCUGGACACACCCAGGACCAUACAAUAAUUCUGGAGCAGUAGAAGAGCAGUUACCUCAUUGUUUACCAGCACAGUCAAAGACAUAUGAUUCUUUCCAGGAUGAACUUGAAGAUUACAUCAAAGGGCAGAAGGCCAGAGGACUCGAUCCCAAUAUUAGUUUUAGACAGGUGACAGAAAGCUAUAGGUAUAAGGAUCAUAGGAACAGAGAAAGGGUUGAUUCUGGACAUAGACAAAAGAUGUGUGAGGAAAGAUUGUCAUUUGAGAUGCCACAGACCCACCAGCAACAAUACAAUGGUUCACAAGUGGAGGGGCAGUUACCUCAAUGGUUACCACCUCAUUCAAGGAGGAGAAAUAAUAAUUUCCAAGAUGAAUUUGAUGGUAACAGCAUGUGGGAAUCUAGAGAAUUCAAGCUAAAAACUUCCUUUAGAAGAAUUGAUAGCUCUUUUGAAACCCACAGUUACAGAGAAAUGGUUGACAGAAGACCCAAGCACAGAAUGUUUGAGCAAAGACUCCCAUGUGAGACUUUUCAGACUUGCACAGAUCCAUGCAGCAGUGCACAAGCAGUAGAAAACAAUUUACCUCAUUCUUUCCCAGCUUAUGAGAGCCAACAAAGCCAAGACUCUGAUAGCAUCUAUCAGCUUACCAGAGAUUAUUUCUCAGAAAAACCUGUUCCCCUGAGCCUUAGUCAGCAGGAAAAUAAUAUUGGCUCAUACAGUGUAGAAUACAAUGUUUACAAGCAGAUGCCCUCAAAUGACAAUUCCAGUGUGCAUGAAACAAGUCAUAAGAGGCGACAUCAGAAGAGAAGACGACAUGUGGGGGAAGGGAAAGAAAAGCCAGAAAAGGAACAGUCCAAGCGUAGAAGGAAAAAGUGCUAUCAGGAUAAAGAUUUAGACAAAGACAAGAGUAUCGAGCAAAAUAAAGGAGAGGAAGAGAAAGCUGGAGUAAGUUCUGAAAAAAUCAAGCAUCGAAAAAAGAAAAGAAAGCAUGAAACAACCUCAGAGAGAGAAGAACGAAAGCACAAGAAAGAGAAAAAGAAAUCUGUGGAAGAAAGAACAGAAGAGGAAAUCCUUUGGGAUGAGUCAAUUCUUGGGUUCUAAAAUUAUAGUAUAUCCAAGAGGAGCUAAAAGAAAACAAUAUUGAUUUAGAUAAAGAAAGGAAUAAUCGGUGAAGUCAAGGAAACGUAGGUGCUGUAUCACUUCAGAAAACCUUUGGGUUGUUUUGUUUGCAAAAAUUGAAAUUGACCAUAAGAAACAAUAUACAAGACAUAUAAAUGAAGCCUUUAAAGAACUGUUUUGAAGUAAACCUACUCAAGGAUUUUGAGUUUUUAGUUUUACAUACAGAAGAGUGAAUCGAGAAAAUCAGUGUGAAAAAAAAAAUCUGAGGAAAUCAGUGGAGAAAAUUUAGGUAAAAUAAAGUACUUUAAAUGAAGAGAAGAAACUUCAAUUUGUGGGUUUCUCUCUUUCUGUGUGUGUAUGUGUGUGUGAAUGUGUGUGUAUAUGUGCAUACAUACAUAUAUGUAUGUAUGUGAGCAUGUUUAUGUGUAAUGUGUGUAUGUGUCCUCUGCUCUGCUUUUCUCUCUCACUUUCCUCCUUUCUCUUUCUGUCACUCCCUCAUUUCAAAAUUCAUUGAAAGAAGAACCACAAAAUCUAAAUGUAGCUUUCAAAAAGCAAGAACAUAAUACUAAGAAUGAGAGAAGAAGAAACCUACUGAAGAAAAACCAGAAGAUUCAGUGCUUUCUGUUUUGCAAUUGUGUUCCCAAACUUUUGGUUUCAUGCAGUUUGUGUGAUUUGUGUCUUUGUACAUGUGUACAGUUAAUCACUGACAAAAGCCAGAUGAAGUAAACUUAUUCAAUAAGCUUUUUUAAGUUACUUUCUCUGAUUUUAUAAGAAAGAAAACUGAAUCUAUUACAUAUAUAUAUACAUAUAUAUGUAUAUAUACACAUACACACACACACACACACACACACACACACACACACACACACAUAUAUAUAUAUAUAUAUAUAAUGGUUUUCCUAAGUAGAGAUGUUUCUUUGUCCAUCAAGUUGCAAUUAAAAUGAGUUCUUUACUCAUGGAAAUAAUGUGCUUAUAAUAGUGAAUUGCAAAACAGGCUACAGCCAUACCAUCCUGAACUUUUCCAGUCUUGUUUGAUUUUGAAACAAUUGUCAGGCCUGUGGGAGACCAGACGUCACAGAGUCCAUUCCUUUUAUAAUUUGCAUUAGGAUUGGUGGUGUUUUGCUACUGUUGUGUGUUAAUGUUUCUGUUUUUGCCAAUGAAAAUGUAUGAAACAACUUAGAAUUUUUUGUUAAAUCUAAUUUGCAGUGUAUUUUUCUAUUUUCUAGUUCCGAAAGUGGAAAAUUAGUGUAUAAUAAAUUAGAUGAUAUAUACUUUUCAAAUGUUCUCCAAAAGGGCUGAAAUCAGUCUAUAUUCUGAAAAAUGUUUAUAUUAAAGUGUUUUAAUUUCUAAA